GGAGACUGUGUAGAGAUAGAAGCAUUUCCUGUACAUCUUUCUCCAACCUGUGUCAGAACCAAAGAUGUUCCAACUUGGGAGCCUCAUUGUCUUGUGUGGCUUGCUCUUCGGGACCUCAGAAUCACUUUUGGGUGAAAUUGGCAAUGUCCUGAGCAACACGGACAUUCUGAAUUCUGCCUCUGGAGAUGCCCUUCCACAACCAAACCUGGAUGUGAGCUCACUUAAGGAAACCACGGAUUUGUCAUUGGCCAAGAACAACGUACUGGAAAUUUUGAACACACUGAACCUUGACAAGUUAAACCUCUUAUCACCUAAGAAUGGUUUAGGGUUGCACAUCAACAAAUUCAACAUCCUGGACUUGCAAGUUAGCUUGUCUUCUGAUGGCAAAGGCAUCGAUCUGAAGUUGCCUGUGGACAUAGAAGCCUCUUUGUCUCUGCCUCUUCUUGGGUCCACGGCUGAUGUUGCUAUUUCCUUGGACCUCAUAAACUCACUCACUGUUCAAACCGAUGCCAAGACUGGCCUUCCCACCCUGACCAUAGGGAAAUGCUCAAGUGAUUCAGACAAAAUCUCCAUUUCCUUAUUGGGCAGGCGAAACAUCCUUAUCAACAACGUACUGGAUGGUGUAUCUGGCCUCCUUACAAACACAGUGACAAGCGUGCUGCAAAACCAAAUAUGUCCACUGCUCCAGACACUCCUCAGCAGCCUGAAUGCAAAUCUUAUUCAAGACCUCCUCUCUAAUCUACUGACAGGAAAGUUACCAGUCUCCCUUUGAAGAGGAAGGAGCAGAAGGAGGAAUGCCAUGACUCCUGCUGGGUAGUCCCCAGUGGCUUCAUCUGACUCCCUGUGGCAUUUCCCUCUAGAAAUUACAACUAUCACCCACACAAGGUCUGCUUGAGCCCACCUGAAGGAGCCUCCCAGACUCUUUUCUUCCCUCAGUGGUUGCCACUCCUGUUACCACCCUCCAAGCAUUAAAAUCCUAACUGCA